AUGUUGGGAUCAUCAACAGGAUCUUCGGGGUUCAGUUUUGGCUCAAACACCGCUAGCAAUAGUAAUACUGGGGGCCUUUUUGGAACACAGCAGUCAUCAGGACCAUCGUUUGGAGGUACUUCUAAUACAACUACGCAACAACCUGGAGGAGGAUUAUUUGGUGGUAAUACAGCACAGCCAACACCUACAACAGGUGGUCUCUUUGGAAGAACAGCAGCAGCGUCAACAGGUACUUCCAACAACUCCAAUUUGUUUGGAUCCACAACUGGUACUGGUACUGGUGGUAGUUUAUUCGGUAAUAAUGCUACUAGCGUUGGAGCUGGGUCUCUUUUGAAAAGACCUUCCUCUGCUGGUCCUGCUCCUUCUGCUUCAGGAGCAGGAGGGGCUUUUGGUUCUGGAGGAUUAUUUGGAGGUAACCAAAACGCCGGUGCUGCAACUGGAGGUCUUUUCGGUAAUAAACAAACAGGCCCUACAUCUACUGGUGGACUCUUUGGAUCGAAUACAAGCACAGGUACCACAACAACUGGAGGGGGGUUGUUUGGUGGUUCUAAUGCUGCUAGUGGUGGGACUUCUAACACUUCUGGUUUAUUUGGAACAGGAGCUAAUAAUAAUAAUAAUAAUAAUAAUAAUAAUGCCACUACUACUGGUGGUGGAUUGUUUGGUAGUACAACAGGAGCAACAACUGGGGGAGGUUUAUUUGGUAGUAAUAAUGCUGCUUCAACUGGUGGACAAUCUGGAAGUUUAUUUGGUGGUGGAGCUGCUAAACCUACAGGAGGGCUUUUCAGUGGUAAUAAUGCCACCACCUCCACUUCUGGAGGGAUGUUUGGUGGAUCGAAUACCACAGGAGGCGGUCUUUUUGGUGGUGGUGCUUCGACUUCAAACAAUAUCAAUUCUGGAGGAUUAUUUUCCAAGCCUAAUAAUUUGGGUGGAAUGAAUAGUACAGCACCUGUGAACCCAUUACAAGGCUUACCAUUAACAGCCAUGACUAGAGUAAGCGAUUUACCUCCACAAUUGAAACAGAAAUUAGAAGAAUUUGACAAAUAUGUCAAUACACAACAUGAAAUUGCCAAAGUAUUGGAACAAGAUAAGACCAAACAUAAUCAAAUGAUUCAAUCUAUACCGCAGGAUAUUGAUUAUUUGCAGAAUAAACUUUUAAAUACCAGUCAAGCUUUAAACUUUGAUCAAAUCGAAUUGGUUCAAUUCAAAGAGUUGAAUUAUGAACUUAUAGAUGACAUGAAUAACAUUCAACAAUUAAUAGUCCAAUUGAGCAAACCAGGUACCAAAUUAUCGUCAUCUUUCCAAUUACAUGAAUUUUUUUUGAAGAAAAUAAAGAAAUUCAAUACUGUAUUGGCUGAAUACGAACGUUUGAUCAAUGAAUUGAACUUACUUUUAGGUUCCUUAGAAAAUGGAUUCGAAAAGGGUAAGGGGAAUUUGGCUCAAGUUGUAUUAGUGGUUAAAUCACAGUAUAAUUUAUUCUUGGAGGUAUGUGAGAAUAUGGCAUUAUUGCACAAGGAGAUCUCCAAGAAAGUAGCUACUGCAUAA